CCAAAACAACAGAGAGAAGGAGGCAUGCAGGGUGUGUGUGUGGAUUUGGACUUUGGCCCUGGAAGGGGUGCAUGUAUUUAUUGGCAGCUGGUGGAGGAGAAACGGUGGAUCGUGAUCUGACCGAUGAUUGAUUCAAAGCUUGCCGUGGUCCAGCGCCAUGGUAGAUAUGCCGAGUCUGUACAGUCCUUCAUCGCCACUGGGCGAUCCGAUGCUGGACAGCCCUUUAUGCGGAGAGCUCAUUGGUGACAUUCAGGAUCUAGAUGAGAUCUCUCAGUCUCUAAGUGAAGAUACCCUCAGCAUGCUGGACUUUCAAAGCUCUGACACAGCUUUAGACAACUCCACCGGCUUAGAUGUCUUAACGCCAGCCUCCAGUCCAGCCUCAGUGAUCUCAACAAACCCUAACCAGGAUGAAAACUCUGGUUCUCUUACCCUCGAGUGUCGUGUCUGUGCCGACCGUGCCUCUGGGUUCCACUAUGGAGUGCAUGCCUGCGAAGGGUGCAAGGGGUUCUUCAGGAGAACCAUUCGUCUCAAACUGGAGUACGACAAGUGUGCGCGCAAGUGCAGGAUCCAGAAGAAGAACCGGAACAAGUGCCAGUAUUGCCGCUUUCACAAGUGCCUCGCGGUGGGCAUGUCCCACAAUGCCAUCCGUUUCGGGCGAAUGCCGAUGUCCGAGAAGCAGAGGCUGAGAGCCGAGCAGGUAAUCGACAGGCAGGAGGAAAACGAGACUCGGCAGCCGGACGCCAAGAGUCUUGUCAGGCUGAUUCAUGAAGCCUACCUCAAACACUUCCACAUGAACAAAGCCAAAGCCCGCAUCUUCCUCACGGGAAAGACGAGCACUCCGCCCUUUGUCAUCCAUGACCUAGACACCCUCCGGCACGCCGAGCAGACUCUGGUCACCCAGCUGCUGGGUAACAUGGCAGCCAGCGAUGCCUCCGACAUGCAGGAGAGAGAAGUCGAGGCUCGGCUCUUUCUCUUCUGUCAAUACGCCUCGGUAGAGACGGUGACGGAGCUGACGGAGUUUGCCAAGGCCGUGCCUGGCUUUGCCGCCCUGGACCUAAACGACCAGGUCACCCUGCUGAAGUAUGGGGUGUACGAGGCACUUUUUGCCCUACUGGCAGCCUGCAUGAACAAGGAUGGGCUGCUGGUCGCUCGGGGCAGUGGCUUCAUCACUCGGGAGUUUCUGAAAAGCUUGCGCAGACCUUUCAGUGACAUGAUGGAGCCUAAAUUUCAGUUUGCCAUGAGGUUCAAUGCUCUGGAACUCAAUGACAGUGACCUGGCGCUGUUCGUGGCGGCCAUUAUAUGCUGUGGAGACCGUCCAGGGCUGAGCAGCGUGUCACAAAUCGAGAGCAUCCAAGAGAGCGUAAUUCACGCACUACAGCUCCACCUGCUGGCCAACCACCCUGACAACAAUUUACUCUUUCCCAAGCUGCUCCAGAAACUGGCUGACUUGCGUCAGCUUGUGACGGAGCAUGCGGAGCUGGUUCAGGAAAUCAAGAAGACAGAAGAUGCCUCGCUUCAUCCGCUGCUGCAGGAGAUCUACAGAGAUAUGUACUGAACUCAGGAUCUCUCCCCUCGCUAUGCUGAUGAUGACUUCAGUUCUCAGGAAGUGCUAAUACUUUGAAAGAUCAUCAGGAGAUGAGAUAAAGGAAGUCUCUGAGUAGGUGGAUUACAGACCUGCUUUCAGAUGAUGAAGGUCUGGUGAGGAAGUCCUUGGGGUGCACAGCUGCUUUGCAUCAUGCACCGCAAUUACAGGGCGAACCUCCACGGGUUCCUGCUCAUUAAUAAUGCACUGACCUUUAUAAGGACACCGCCCACAAAAGUGCACUAGAUGGCGUCCAUCCAUAAUGCUCGGGCUGCCUCCCCUCAACAUGUAGUUAUGGAGAUUAACACUUUAAGUUCAUGCACAUCACUGCCUCUAUCUAAUAAACACCUACAGUUAGAGUUUAUGAGUAUAUACUGUAGCAAAUCUUAUAGCAGUGACUCUAUCCUGAAAACUGUAUGGGUAAUAUUUUAAUACCAGGAAUGUAAAGAGCCAUAGAAACCAUACUGCUUGUUACCUCAUUUUAAAUGCAUGUAUAUGAAGCAUCAUUUGUACAAAUAUUUUGUAUAAAACGCAUUGUUGUACAGUGUAUAGCACUCCAACUGUAAUAUUUUAGUACUGUAAUUUUGGACUUUUUCUUAUGGAUUUUAAUAAUAUGUAUUUUAGAAAUUAAGACUAUUUGGGAUGAAUGUUUGUGUUUUCCUACUGUAUAUUUUGAUCUUAAAGUUCUUAAACAUCAGAACCAUUAUAAAAACUGAUCUAGUACUUGAUUGAUUGAUAAAUUAUUGUUUAUUAAAAUGUGGUAAUGUGAAAAAGAUAUAAAUUGCCUUAGUACGUGAGCACUUUCAAUAAUCAUCAUCAAAAAAUAAUAUUGUGGUAAUUUGUUUGCUUCAUUAUUUCCUCUUUAACUGUGGGAUUGUGUAGUAACGAAUGAAUUAUGUAGUUUUUAAAUUAAAAACGUUUAAUAUAAAUGUGUGGAUUGAGUGAAUUCCCUAUUGAUUUUCUUCUACAACAGCGCAAUCUUCUGGCUAAUGUAUGUAUUGCACAACAGGUUCUAUCACAUUAAAGAACCGCGAUUGAGGAUUUGUUUAGAAGGGAUACAGCAACGGCAAAAAUCUCGCGAGAUGUUAGGUUAAGUUUGGAGGUAGGAGUUUGACUAGGAUGAAAACAGCGGUU